AUGAACUCUCCACCACCCCCCUCAUUCACCCUCCCACCCCUCAAGUCGAACGGGCAGUACCCCGUCACUCCCGAUGACUCGCCCAAUGCAGAUGAUACGGGAGAUGUCGCCAAGGACUAUCUCUCGGCCAAGUCGAGAGGCAAAGGGAAGGAGCGGGCUAUGGAGAUAGACGAGGUGGUACCAGAGGUCAGGGUGUCGAUGUAUGUUCGGCUGUUUGAGGAUGACCCAAAGUACCUACUCACUCGACUGCUUCUCCGCCGACCAGGCCGCGUUAUCCCCUUCGGUAGCUUGCUAAGGGGAUACGAAGCCGAAAUAGGAUCAGAAGGCGUGCGCAGCGCAGUCCGCCUGCUCUCGGAAGCGCUGGACAUCCCUGCGGAUAUCCUCUCCGCCGAACCCGUUUUCGAGGCCACGGUCGGACCAUCUCGUCCACCCUCUCCCGCCGCAGCUCCUACCCCGGUGAAGCGGAAUCCAUUCCCGACGCCCCAAACACUGGGGAAGAAGCGAAAGUCGUCUCCUCUCGAAAAGCCAAAACCAUGGGCUACGCUCGAUACCGGUCUGACAGCAGCGGAGGAAAAGGCGGACCCAGAGCUAGCAGCGGCGAUCCGGGAGAGUCUGUGGGCAAGUCAGGUCGGCCGGGUGGAGCUGGACGAUGAUGGGGGGGUUGUUCGCUCGCCUUCCCCCAUGGGACCUGUCGACCAUGGCCGGCCUCCGACGCCACGGUCCGUUUCUGCCGGGUCGUCGACCUCUGCCUCUUCGUCGUCCUCGUCCUCGUCCAAGAUGCCAGCGGGGUAUGACGAGCCCUUCUCACUCGACCCGUCGCUUCCACCCCCCAUCACCCACUUUGCUUUCGACGAGCGCACGCUGGACCUCGACGCGAUCAUGUCCUGCAUUCCCGCCGACGAGCUACGAAAAGUAGCCAAGGCGAGGAAGAUCCCGCCAAACCUUUUGGUCAGGCGGGACGAUGUCUGCGCUGCGCUACGAGGCGUCGCCAGGAAGCAGACUGUGCUGGGUUUCACACCGGUCAAGGGGAAAGAGGCGGGACCCAAGCAGUUCACACUGCCCUUUGGCCCUAAGCCCGCCAAUGCGGACAGUCCGCAGACGACAGGCCGAAGUGCCAACCGUGGCGUGACUUCCGAGUCCCUCCUUAUCGCCCAACUCCUUCCUCUCAUCGGCCAGCACGCAAUACAGCUCACGUCUUCCCUCCACAACCUGAUCUCCCGCGUCAACCUCAUCUUCUCCCGGACACCCCCCGUCACAGCCACCGGAUCCAGUCUGCUUCUCCCCUCCAUCCUCGUCUCGUCCCAUCGGCGUCGGUAUCCCGCAUACGGCCCGCCAACCCGCUCUCGGAUAUGGAGCUCGCGAGAUGAGCUGCUCCGGUGGGAACGCACGGUCAAGUGGGAGGCGGUCGUGCAGGAUGCGCUGGGGGAGAGCUGGCAGGAAAUGAGGAAGAAUCUGGCAGCAGGGCCGCAGGGGUGGGGAGGGGCCAAGAAGGAGAUGUUGGGCAGAGUGGAAGGGAGCAAGGUCGUUAAGCGGAUCUGGGAGGGUGUGUGGCCUGUAUGGAGGGAGAUGGUGGAGGGAGCUGGAGGGAAGGAAGUUGAUGUGCGGAAAGAGGAGGGUGGGCUCGUGGGAGAUAGGUUCAAGACUGGUCAGUCUGCCAGAAAUCAGGAACCUGUUAGUAUGAGAGCUGACUCAUCAGGUCACGUCCUCACUCGAAUAGUCUACAAGUCUGCUGUGGCUCUUGGACAGCUACACGAGUACGACAACGAAGUGAUGGUCCUCCGUGCGCUGAUCAAGCAAAGAAGAUGGAGGCGGAGUAAGCGAGGCGCCUGGUAUGACCGCUUAGCUCUGGUCUUGAUGAAUCACUACAAUGCUAGCGAUGUCGAAAAGGAGGAAAAGAGACGCGAGGCGGUACAAGUCUGCAUUGAUGGAUUGCUGGAUGAGGAUACCCACUUGAUCUAUCGACCUGGACUAUCCCGUCGCCUUACUCGGCUCGAGAACGCCCUCAACCUCCCAGCGGACGAACGCCACAUCUCCCACGCCGAGUUACUCAAGUGCGAGGUCCGCGAGUUGACCGCUCCGCGUAUAGCAGAGAAUAUGGGCGCGCCCAAGAUGCGACCAGGUGGUCGAGCGGGCAGCGUCCGAGCGGAAAGUGUACGAGCUGGAAGUGUUCGCGAGGGCAGUCUCGGUGUUGACGGGGAGGAGGGACUGGUCGGUCCGCCAGGGUGGCAGCAGACUGGGAAGAGCGUCUGGCUGGGUAAGGAGGGGGAGGUUACGGUGGAAGGCUGGGUAUUGGAGUGGUGGGAGGCCAAGGGGUAUAAAGGGUAUCACUCUGAGGGGUCCAUCAUGACGACGCUAUUCGCCCUGCUGCUGUGGCCGGUACUGUUCCAUCCACUGCCCGGAGCUUUCGAGACACCGUACCAGACCGCUCCCCUCGACCUCGGAGAAGACACAUUCGCACCGGCCCGGUACGAUCUCCUGGAGGCUCGACUGGCGCUCAUGGGGUCUACCGCUGAAGCUCUCGCCAUGCUGCGCGACGCAGAUUCGCGUGAGCGUCCUAACCUGACCUGGGCGGUGGGCGUUAACUGGGAGUACGGGGCCGAGGAUCUGGAAGAGUUGCUGGAGUGUAUCGGGGGGCGGGCGAUGAGUGGAGUCUGCAGGAUGUUGGCUGAGGAGUACCGGCAUCGGGUCAGCGGGGUGCCUGAUCUGAUUGUGUGGAAGAAGGGGGUCAAGGGGUCAAGGGGCGAAGCGAGGUUCGUCGAAGUCAAGGGGCCGGGUGAUCAGUUGAGCGAGACUCAAAAGAUCUGGAUUGACGUCCUUCUCUCGUCUGGCAUCCCGGUCGAGGUGUGCCGCGUCAAGGCGAAAGAAGCUACUCAGGAAGCGAUCGCUAAAGUCGAAAAGCGACAAGCCAAGAUCAAGAAGGAGAACAGCAAGAAUGGCUGGGAUCAGGCGGGGAUGAAGCGUGACGUCGAUGAGGAGGAGUUGAAGGAGUUUGAGGGCGAGGACGAUGAGGGCGAGAAGGAGAGGGAUGAGGAGGAUGAGGAAAAGGAGGGGUAUUGGCAGCGGAGCGGGAAACGGGUCAAGGUGUGA